AUGCAACACUCAUCAAGUCCAUUGAGUAGAAGAGAUAUCAAAAUGACAAUGAGUAAGCCAGUUAAUAACAGCGGUGUGGAACGAUUAGAAUUCCUUAGAUCUGUGCACAACAGAAACCUUGUGUCCGUGCCGUCCCCUUUUAAGAAAUCAAGUUAUAGGAAACCAUCAAGAAGGCAUAAAUCAUCGAGACAGCUGUUCACAGAUGAAUCUAAACGUAUAAAUGCGGUAUUGCAACAGCAACAACAACAGGAACAACAAGAUGGCAAACCAAGACCAAUUCCCAAAGUGACCCAUUUCAAUGUUAAUGCACCUCCAUCUCUCAGACCUUGCAAGAAAUACUGUGAUAUUACGGGACUCAAGGGGCUCUACAGAUCUCCUGUUAACAAUUUACGUUACUGCAAUUCAGAAGUCUAUCGAUUGGUCGUCAAACCAAUGCCCCCAGGUGUGGAUCAAGAAUAUCUAAAACUCAGAGGUGAUCAUUUCGUAUUGAAAUGA